GCGCGACCGCGUGAACACUGAACAGCCCCCCGGUCGCUCCUCCUCCCUCUACCCUCCAGCUCCAGCCGCCAGCCGCCAGCCGCCCACGCCCGGAGCACCGCCGCAACCCGCAGCGCCGCUCGCCCGGAGGCCGGAGCACCGCCGCUCUCCCCGCACGGAGCACCGCCGCGACCACGCCGCUGUCCAUCCGCCGCUCCGCGCUCCCUCCUUCGACCUUCGCCUUGGUUCCGACGCGGUGACCGUGCGCUAAACCCUUCGACCUUCGCCCGGAGGCGGGAGCGCGGCGGACCGGAGUCCGGAGCAACCGUGAGACGAGCAGGGGCGGCCGGCGGGCGCGGAUAUUUGGGCGCAACAACUUUCUGCCCUUCCAUUUCUCCAACUAAGAAGGAAUAGGAUGCCAAGAGAGUUUCUGCAACCCCAAUGAAGAUGGCACCAGCUCCGCCUCCGGAGGGGACUGCAAUUCUGCUAAUUCGUGGAGCUCAGGAAUAGGACGCUCCGGGCGAACUGCGAAGCAGAAGCAGCGAAGUUUGUGAUGGAGAGAGUACUGCUUGUCAUUUCUAAGCCUACAUGAUGAAAUUCCCAACAAAGGCCUGCAUCACACCAUCCGGACUCUCACCCGAAAUCUGCCAUCACCAAGCCUUGCCUCGCCCCUCGGUCCCGUCGUUGUCGGGAGUUCUAGGAACGUCUCUGCCAGGAGCCCAGACCGUCUCUGGCCUCCCGGCUCCCUCGGCCCUCUGCUUGCGGCUUUCCUAGUGGUUCCUCGCCGGAGUCCGGCCGGCGGCUCGUAGUAUUGGGCAGCGGCCUAGGACGGUUGGCGGGCGGCAGCCGGCAAAUCUAAGCGGCGCGCCGGCACUGGCCGUUGUGCGGGUGUCGCGUGCGCCUGUGCGUCCACCGGCUGCCUGUACGGAGCUGGACUCCAGUCACCAUUACCCUCCCUGGUUCCCUGCUUGUGACCGGUGAGCAUCUCUGGAGGCUCGAGUCUUGACUGAGUUCUAUCUUAACGGUGCUGCUAGUUAUGCUUGGGUGUUAGUGCUAUGGCUACUCAUUACCAAGCUGCUACCUUGAUUGCCUCUCCGUCUUACCCAAAUGCCAUUGCUUGGUCAAGUGACAAUCUCGUGGCUGUCGCAUCUGGUCAUAUUGUAACUAUUCUGAACCCAGCUGCGCUUGAUGGACCCCGUGGAUUGGUUGGACUUCGUCACAGUGACCCUUUUCCUAUAGGAGUGGUUAAGAGAGAAGAUCUCUUGGAGCCAUGUUUAUUGCCCACUUCCUUAGCGCGUGAAACUGAACCAUGUGCCCGAUCGAUUUCAUGGUCUCAACAAGGAUUUGCACCUAACUAUGGGUGUUUGCUGGCUGUUUGCACUGUGAAUGAUCAUGUGAAGCUUUACCGAUCACCAAUUUGGGAGUUAUGUGAUGAAUGGGUAGAGGUCGCAGAUAUAUCACAGUUGCUGUUUAACUAUUAUAAAAUUAUAAACUUCGGAGAGGAUAAUGGUUCUCAUUUGACUUCUUCGAAGAAUACAAAUUCUGGGGAGGCAGAAGUUUUAGGAUCUACUUGUCGAUCGGAAGAAUCUCUUUAUUUCAGGGGUCCUGGACAGAGAAAAAUAAAGCCAGCAAGAGUUGGUGGUUUUAUUUAUGACGGCAAUGAAGUUGAUUUAGAUGCUUCAAAGGAUGCAGACUUCUCGAUGGAACCAUGCUCAAAAUCAAAGAAGAAAUCUUUGAAAAAGACUGUAAAACCCAGGGAUGAAGUGGUUGCUGUAAAUGGACGAAACAGCACAGGGAAUGUUAAAGCAUCAUUGUCCUCCAAUGAACAAAACAAAUCUCUUCCUCUUAUCACGGCAAAACAGUAUGCCUGUCGUGCUGCACAUUUGUCUUCCCUUGUAGUUUCAUGGUCUCCAGUUGUGUCAUUAAGUGAUAGAACUUCUUGUUUAUUGAGGCAUUGGUGCAUUCUUGCUGUUGGCUCUAAAUCUGGAAAUAUUUCUUUUUGGAAACUAUAUAAGCCAGAAUAUUACACAAUAGAUGCUGGUGUGGUUACCAGUGAUCCGAUGCUCAUCGGGGUUUUGCAUGCUCAUGAAUCAUGGGUCAAUGCCAUAACUUGGCAAGUUCUUUCUGCGGGCUCUUCAAAAUCCUCGUUGCUUUUAGCUACUGGAUGCUCAGAUGGAAGUGUUAAGAUAUGGUUAGGGAAUAUUGAAGGGUUAAAUCAAUGUGCAAUUGGAGAAGAAGUGCCAUUUGUGUUAGUUGCUGAGGUUGCCGCUAAUUUAUCAGCUCCAGUGUCGUCAAUCUCAUUGGGCAUACCUGCCCGGUCUCAACAUGAGGUUAGUUUGGCAAUUGGAAGAGUAUCCGGGUUACUAGAAAUAUGGAUAUGGAAUGCAUCUACCAACAAAAUUGAGAGUUCCAGUGCAUGGCAUGCACAUGAUCAAGUGGUGACAGGUUUACGAUGGGCUAUCGAUGGCAAUUGUUUAUUCAGCUGCAGUCAGGACAAUUCUACACGUUGUUGGAUAUCUCACGAAAACCACCUUGAAGAAUUUUUUUUGCAUUCAGAAUUUUCAGAGCUAAGGGAGUCAGAAGAUCUAUCAAAAGUUUCUGAUCGAUGCUAUGGUCUUACGCUAUCACCUGGAGAAGAGAUAAUUGCUGUGGUCCGCAGUUUGGAUCUGAACCUUUUGAACCAGAUGUAUCAAGUCAGGACACAAAAGGCGGUGGUCGAGUUCAUUUGGAUCGGUGGCCAAUUUGUUGGUAUUCCACUGGACGGGAGUAUCGAUAUUUGCAGUCCGCAGUCUGCGGACUUAUCCUCAAGUAACCUUAUGUGGUGGGGAUCCAACAUCUUGUGGUCGCUGAAGAAAUACGAAAAUGUCGAAAAGAGGCUUGUGUUGUGGGACGUUGUAGCUGCGCUGCAAGAGCUGAAGAAAACCGCGCCCGCCUUUCUGGAGACUCUAGUGCACAGUUGGGCCUCAGCUUUAUUUGCGGGCGACUCACAGUGUGUUUCUAUCACUGCCCAGUCAUCACGCUCGAUGCAUGACAUGAUGCCCCAUGUCAGCUCGCGGAAGCUGCACUUACUGAACAUAAUCUGCAGAAAAGUGAUGCUCGGCAAUCAUGCGCGGCAUGGUCCUGGUGCUGGAAACAACAGUAAUGAUGGAACAACUGAUUUCUGGAGCACUCUUUUGGUAGCGAGUGAAACGGAGCUGCGAGAGAGGCUGGUGGGUUUCACCUUUGCCGCGGUCGUGAAACGGACAGCGUGUCUGUUCAACGGCACCUCCACCGCAAAUUGCUGGUUCCCUGUCGGCGUCGCCCAGAUGGAUUCUUGGGUAUCCAUGAACUACGAAAAGGUGCACGGUCAGCUGCAGUCGAUCAGAUCGAAGAUCAAAGAGCUAGGAAGCAGGAUCGACGGAUACUCCGACGUAGAAAGCUGCCCCUACUGCUCUUCGCCGGUCCGUUUCGAGUCGCCUGACGUGGCCAUCUGCGGAGAAAGGCACACGCUGUCGCGGUGCAGGACAUCCAUGACCCUGUGCUCCGUCGCGCAGCCAGUGUGGCACUGCUCGUGCUGCGGGGGCACGGUCGACAAGCUGCUGCCGGAGUCGUUCUUCACCAUGCCUUUGGACGCCGUCCGUGACGACAAAGGAUCGCUCGAUCUGUCGGCAGCCUCCGCCCCGCUUUGCCCCUUCUGCGGCGUCCUGCUGCAGAGGUCGAUGCCGGCGUUCCUGCUCUCCACCUCGCCGGUAUAGUCUUCGGAUGCCCCCAGGUGUUACAUGCAGUAGCAAUGCAAUGGGAAUAUCGUAGUGGAGCCAACUACCAAGUUUGUUGUAGCUGAUGCUGUAUGGCUGCAGAGUGGCAGUGCCGUCAUUGGGGCUCGAAAUGUUUGUGAUAGGUUUUGUGACUUCUUUCUGCUUAGCCCCUCUAAUAUAUCUCGAGAUACCUAUUUUUUAUUUA